GUUAGUUUAAAAUUAUUUGCCUGGCACUUCUCGUUCUGAACUGUAAAAAUGAGCACACUUGAACCUACCAUACGGAAUAUUUUGGACUCAAAGACUUUGCGUUGGAUCUUUGUCGGAGGUAAAGGUGGAGUAGGAAAAACAACGUGCAGCUGCAGCAUUGCUGUUCAAAUGGCUAAAGUGCGUGAGCGUGUCCUCAUUUUGAGCACGGAUCCUGCUCAUAACCUUUCGGAUGCAUUUGACCAAAAGUUUUCAAAAAAUCCUACCAAAGUUAAGGGUUUCAGUAAUCUUUUUGCUAUGGAAAUUGAUCCAAAUGUGAACUUAGGAGAGUUCGAAGAAGAUCUUGUUGGCUCUGAAGAAGCAGCAGUUUCAGCUGAUAUACGUAAAACCAUAGGUCACUUGAUGACUUCUUUCCCUGGGGUGGAUGAGUAUAUGUCGUAUACAGAGGUGUUUCGUUUGGUCCGUAAUAUGGAUUAUUCAGUUGUCAUUUUUGAUACAGCUCCUACUGGCCACACACUACGAUUGUUAGCAUUUCCAGAGGCUAUGGAGAAAAGCCUUAGCAAAGUAGUAUCGAUGAAAAAUCAGUUCGCUCCAAUUUUAAACCAGUUAAUGGGCCUAGUCGGAAUGAACAGUACACAAGGGGGUGAUUUAACAAAUGCAAUAGAAACACGUUUACCUAUCGUUAAAGAAAUAACAAAGCAGUUUAAAGAUUCCACUCAGACUACAUUUGUAUGUGUUUGCAUACCAGAAUUCUUAAGUAUGUACGAAACAGAACGCUUAGUUCAAGAACUCACUGCACACGAUAUUGAUGUCCACAAUGUCAUUGUAAAUCAACUGUUGUUUCCGAAUUUAUUAUCAUCAUGUGAUUCCUCAUCUAAGGAUCAUUCAAAUGAACCUCCAUCUACUUGUCGGAUGUGCUUGGCACGUCAUCGAAUACAGUCGAAAUACUUGGAGCAAAUUUUAGAACUGUAUGAAGACAUGCAUGUCAUACAAUUACCUCAACUAGAAAAUGAGGUGAGAGGAAUAAAGUCUGUUCAAGACUUCUCCGAACUUCUGUUAAACCCCUACCGUAGGAAAUAAAAAAUUCGGGGUUUGCACUUUUUUUGUAAAAAUGGUGUCGUUUGUACACUUUUGUAAUUAUUCUUUCCUUUGAAAAAAUAUUGAACGUUUUUUUUAAUGAACUGAUUUGAAGAUGACAUGCCCAUUAACAGUUGUUCCUUAUUUCUUUAAUACUGAAAACAUCCUUUCUAGUUUUUCAUUUUAAGUUACUUUUUAAUUCGUAUAUGUAAGGAUUCAAAAAACCCGUUCAGUAAUAUAAUUGACACAUUUCCAACAUAGAUUAUAAUACAUAGGCGUCUGAAAGGGAAUUUCGAUGUUUUUAUUUUGAAAUAAGUUUCUGCAUCUGUUGUUCGUGUAAGAUAUUUCAAUAAUCAUUUUGAUUUGUGCAUUUCUAGAUAAUGUAAUUACACAUUAAGUAAUUUUACUUUCAGGAUUCUAAUCCACUCAGAAAACGUACCGAAAUUUUAUGUUAUUUUCAGUUCUUCUUUAGACAGCUUGGUAUACUCAUUGUUUUUACGCCGUUUAAAAUGUACGUUGCAUGUUACCUUGAAACCUGCAAUUACCUUGAAAUUCCUUUAAACAAAACAAGUAAAUCUCAGAGAAAAUUUAGAAAUUCACGUCUAGAAUCGUUAUUAGACGUUACGAUCUCAA